CGGUCUGAACUGAACAGAAUGGGGCGAUCGGGCAAGCUGCGAUCUGGCUCUGCCAGCAAGCUCAAGCGCUGGCGCAAGGGACACAGCAGCGACAGCAAUCCGGAGGGACGACGCUACCGCCUGGCUGCCCGUGGACGUUUGCUCGCUCCUCGAUCGGAAAACAGUAAUUUGACUGUGGAUGCUCUGAAACUGCACAAUGAACUGCAGUCAUCAGGACCACUGCCUGCCUUACGGGAUGGAGAGGGGACCCAGCUCUGCAUGGAAGAAGACGACAAUGCUGAAACUGCUAAGACCCACAAAUCUUCAGCCACUUUCCUGAGCGGCCUGAGUGACUGCACUAACCUCACCUUCAGCAGAGUGCAGCGUCUCUGGGAAUCCAAUUCUGCUGCCCACAAGGAGGUAUGUGCCGUGCUGGCUGCUGUCACAGAGGUGAUCCGGGCACAAGGUGGUGCAGAGAGCGAGACAGAGUAUUUUGGGGCACUGAUGACUACUCUGGAAGCUGUGGAAUCACCAGAGUCACUGGCUGCUGUUGCUUAUCUGCUGAAUCUGGUGCUGAAGCGGGUACCAGGUCCCGUGUUGAUCAAAAAGUUCUCUGAUGCUUCCAAGGCGUUUAUGGGCAUCCUAGGCUCGCAAGCCUGUGGAGACUCCACCUUGGCCCUCCGCUGGGUGCUCUCCUGCUUAGCCACUUUGCUGCGAAGGCAGAAUCUGAUAGCCUGGAACUACCCAGUGACGAUGCAAGUUUUCCAUGGCCUGCUCAGCUUUACUGUCCAUGUCAAGCCCAAGGUCCGCAAGGCUGCUCAGCAUGGUGUUUGCUCCAUCCUCAGAGGGAGUGAAUUCCUGUUUGGAGACGGAGCUCCCUCACAUCACCCGGCUGCCUCUUCUACCGCCAAGUUCUGUGUGCAAGAGAUUGAGAAAGCUGGAGGUGCUAAAGAGGCCACCACCACCUUGCAUGUGCUCACUCUGCUACGUGACCUAUUGCCCUGCCUGCCUGCCCCAUCUGUCAAGUCGUGCUGUGAGACCCUGCUUCGGGUGAUGACCCUCAGCCACGUGCUAGUGACAGCAUGUGCUAUGAAAGCUUUUCAUAGCCUCUUUGCCACCCAGCCACCCUGCUUGCCAGCGGAGCUCAAUGCCCAGAUUAUCAUGGCGCUCUACGACUACGUACCCAGUGAAAGUGAUCUGCAGCCUUUGUCGGCCUGGCUGGCCGUCAUGGAGCGGGCCCAUGUCAACUUGGCCAAGCUGCAGUGGGAUCUGUGCUGGGCUCACCUUUCCCGCCUCUUCAAUGCGGCCAUGAACUGUUUCCUUUCUCCUCACACCCAGGUGGUGUCUGUUGCCGCCCAGACCCUCAAGGUCUUGCUCAACGAGUGUGUGGCCCCUCACAUGGCAGAACUGGGGCUGGUUUCCUCGGCCAGCCCCUCUGGACCUGCUGCCCACGUCUGCAAGAUGUUCAGAGCCGUGGAAAAGGGCCUGACGUACCGCUUCCAUGCUGCGUGGGCUUCAGUGUUCCAGGUGCUGAAGGCUUUCUUUGAGGCGUGUGGGCAGCAGUGUCACCCUGUCAUGCGGAAGUGCCUGCAGUCCCUGGCUGACCUGCGCAGCUCCCCACACUUUCCCCACACUGUGUUGCUUGACCAGACUCUGGGGGCUGCAGUGGCCACUAUGGGUCCUGAGGUGGUGCUGCAGGCUGUGCCCCUAGGCAUUGAUGGCACCGAGGAGGCACUGGAUUUCCCUCACAGUUGGCUCCUUCCUGUGCUCCGAGACAACAUCCAAGAUGCACCCCUGGCCUUCUUCUCUAGUUAUUUCCUACCGCUGGCUGCUACUCUAAAAAACAGAGCCACAGAGCUUGCCCAGGUAGGACACAACUUAGAAGCCAAGAUCUAUGAUACGCUGCAGUGGCAGAUAUGGACACUGCUGCCUGGUUUCUGCAGCCGCCCCAUAGAUGUGGUACUCUCAUUCAAAGGAUUGGCACGCACCCUGGGCAUGGCCAUCAGUGACCGUUCUGAUCUGCGGCUGAUUGUGUGCCAAGCUCUGCGCAAACUAAUUAACAAAGGUUGCCAGACAGAGGCCGAGCGUGCUGAGGUCGGGCGCUUUGCGAAGAACUUCCUACCCAUCCUGUUCAAUGUGUAUAGCCAAGAGGGUGGCGCCAGUGAGAGCCCUGUGCACCGGCGCUCUGUGUUGGACACUGUCCGGGCUUACUUGACGGUCACCGAGCCACAGAUGGUGCAUGGUUUCCUGGAGAAAGCUAGUGAGAAACUGACUAGCCCUGAGAGUUCAGAGUUCACUAGGCUCACCAUGUUCGACCUUGUUGUAGCCAUGGCCGCCUACAGUGAUGAGCCAUCUCUGCAUGCUCUCUAUGGCACCAUCCAGCCCUCUUUGCAGAACAAGGACCACAGGAUACAGAAGAAGGCCUACCGGGUGCUGGAGGAGGUGACCGCCUCUGAACGGGCUGCAUGUCAGAACUUUGUGCGAAGUCACCUGGAGGAGCUGCAGAGGGCCCUCCUGGGUUCCCUGCCCACUGCCACUUCACCUGCCAAGAGGCCCCGGCUGAAGUGUCUCUUCCAUAUAGUCAAGCAGCUCACAGUGGAGCAUGAGGAUUUUGUCACUGCCCUGGUCCCAGAGGUAGUUCUCUGCACCAAGGAGGUGUCUGUGGGUGCCCGCAAGAACGCUUACAAUCUGCUCGUAGAAAUCGGACACGCCUUCCUGCGCUUUGGCCCCACUCCAAAGGACGGAAUGCAGCGCUACCUCCUCUUGGUCUACGCAGGCUUGACCAGCUCCGUCACCAUGAUCAGCUGCACUGUGCUUGCUCUUGCCCGUCUGCUCUUUGAGUUCAAAGAACACGUCGGGCCAGAUGCCCUGGAACAGCUCAUGCAGCAUGUCUGCCUCAUCGUGGGCUCCCGGACAAGGGAUGUUGUGAAGUCGGCCUUGGGCUUCCUCAAAGUGGCACUGUUGCUCCUGGACACGGCACUUUUGGGACGGCACUUGGAGACCAUGUUAGAAGCUAUCGGAGGAUUGACAGACGACAUGAGGCGCCACUUCCGCAUGAAGCUGCGAAACCUCCUUUCCAAACUGAUCCGCAAAUUUGGCAUUGAGCCUUUACAGGCUUUGCUCCCGGAGUCGUAUCGCAAGGUGCUGGUGAAUCUCCGCAAGGCUGAGGCAAGGAAUCGCAAGCGGCAAGCUUUGAAACGGGCAGCAGCUGCUUCUGCAGAAGAGGAAGAGACAUUGGUGCGGCCCAAGGGAGGAGAGAGCAUGGAGGAGGUCCUCGCAGACUCUGACUCUGACCUGGAAGGCGACAUCAAGCAGCACAAAGGGAGAGAGACCAGGAAAGCCCUGUGGAAACAAAACCAAGCCUGGCUCAAGGAAGGAGAAAGUGACGAGCCCCUGAAUUUCUUGGACCCUAAUGUGGCACAGAGGGUUCUGGCUACCAAGCCAGGCACUGGCCAGGCUGGGAAAGUCAGUCAUGACUUCAAGGUAUCUGCCGACGGUCGUCUCAUCAUAUGUGAAGAUGAAGAGGAACAGGAAGAAGGAAUUAAAGGAGUGGAUGAGGAGAUGGCAGAUCUAAUGCAGGAAGUCGGGAUCCGGAGUAAGAAAGCUCAGAAGCGCCGAUUCCAGGAAGAGGCAGCAGAUGAUGAGGAGCCUGGCACUGAGGCACAACCGCAGUACAAAGCUGGAGGCAGUGGAAUCCAUCGGCCUGUUGGCAAAAAUGCAGCCCCUGGAGUAGAAUACAAGGCAAAGAAAGGCAAAGGUGACAUCAAGAAGAAGGGCCGUCUGGAUCCUUAUGCUUAUAUCCCACUGAACCGAGCAAAACUCAACAGGAGGAAAACGGUCAAGCUUCAGGGACAGUACAAGGGCCUUAUGAAGGGGGCCCAACGUGGGGCCCAGGCAGGCAAGAAGCAUCGCAAGAAGCAGCCCCAUGUCUGAAGGAGAAAGGUCCCUGCAAAGGACUCCUCUGUGGUGCAAUUCCUGUUGAGGCAGCUGACUGUGUGGGUCUGGUUGUUGCUGCUUCACAAUUCGAGCUGCUCCUUGCAAGUGGAGUGUGACCAUUAGUCGCGCACGUUGGCUGUGUGUACUAUUCUCAGCUGGAAAAGAAGAAGAGUGGAAGAUGUGCAACCCAUCCCAGUCCCCCCUUCUAGUAUUUAUGGAUCCAUGCAGUUUGACUCUUCUCUCAAACUGCUACUCUUGCUCUCUGCACAACUAUGUGUGCUUCAACCAGCCUAGAACUUUGUGUGAGAGGGAAAGAGGCAUAUCCGCCUCCUCUAAUAAAUGUUUGAGCAAUAAAUGCUAAUAAUACAA